UCACAGAGAAGCUCCGAGCUCGCCCCAAGAGUCAUAGGCGGCAACUUUAUCCCCCACCACCGUCCCUCCCUUUCCCUCCCAUAUACACUCCUAGACCGCCAAUUCAUGAAGUACCAGUCAGUACUGCAGUUAAGCCUACCAACGACCGUCAAUUGCAACUCAUAAUUGAGGAAGAUGACAGCUGCGAGGGCCAAUGGAGGGCCUACGAGGAUUUCAAUCCUUAGCAACGAGGACAUCGUUGUGGACUUCGACAUAUGGCGCUCGUUCGUCGUAGGAGAUUUACUGGGGAAUCUUAAAUCUUCUACCUAUGUUCUCAUUACUGACACCAACCUUGGAGGACUUUAUGUCGAAAGCUUUGAGACAGCAUUCCGCCAAUCCACUUCGAAACUCGAAGCCCCGCCUCGCCUUCUAGUAUACGAGAUCCCACCAGGAGAGAGCUCAAAGGGGCGAGCAACCAAGGCAGAAAUUGAAGAUUGGAUGCUGUCACACCAGUGUACAAGAGACACCGUGAUCAUUGCACUUGGUGGAGGCGUCAUUGGCGACAUGAUAGGAUAUGUGGCGGCCACUUUCAUGCGCGGGGUGCGCUUCGUGCAAGUCCCGACUACAUUACUUGCUAUGGUCGACUCCUCAAUAGGCGGGAAAACAGCAAUUGAUACCCCGCUAGGAAAGAAUCUCAUUGGGGCGUUCUGGCAACCACGGCGCAUUUAUAUCGACUUGCGCUUCCUCGAAACCCUCCCUAUUCGAGAAUUCAUAAAUGGCAUGGCAGAGGUUAUCAAGACCGCCGCCAUAUGGGACGAAGCGGAAUUUUCAACCCUUGAGAGCAAUGCAACCUUGAUUAUGGAGACUAUUCGCUCUCCUUCAAGUGAUCCGUCGAGCCGCCUUGCGCCAAUUCGAGAUAUCUUGAAGAGAAUUGUCCUUGGAUCUGCUCGUGUCAAAGCAGAGGUUGUCUCCGCCGAUGAAAGAGAGGGGGGUUUGAGAAAUCUACUGAACUUUGGUCAUUCCAUUGGCCACGCCUUCGAAGCCAUACUGACGCCACAAGUCCUGCAUGGCGAAGCAGUGGCCAUUGGUAUGGUGAAAGAGGCCGAGUUGGCUCGCUAUUUAGGUGUCCUAAAGCCGGGGGCGGUUGCUAGACUGGUAAAAUGCAUCUCAAGCUAUGAACUUCCGACGUCCCUUGACGACAGCCUUGUUAAUAAACGGACAGCUGGUAAAAAAUGCCCGGUUGAUGUUUUAUUGAACAAGAUGGCAGUAGAUAAGAAGAACGAUGGCAGGAAGAAAAAGAUCGUUCUCUUAUCGGCUAUUGGGAAGACGCAUGAGCAGAAAGCCAGCGUUGUGGAGGAUGGGGCCAUCCGGAUCAUACUCUCAAAGUCGAUAGUUGUUACCCCUGGUAUUCCAAAAUCUCUCAGUGUCGAAGUAACUCCACCUGGAUCCAAAAGCGUAUCAAAUCGGGCGCUGGUCAUGGCAGCUCUCGGGUUAGGACCGUGUCGCAUUCGAAAUCUUCUCCACUCGGACGAUACCGAAGUUAUGCUCACCGCAAUUGGCAAACUAGGCGGUGCCACAUACUCAUGGGAAGACGAAGGAGAGGUGCUUUUGGUGAAUGGAAAGGGCGGUGAUUUGCGUGCGAGCCCCUCAGAAUUGUACUUGGGCAACGCCGGAACUGCAUCUCGCUUCUUAACAACAGUUGCAGCUCUUUGCAAGCCGUCAGCAGUGGGCUCCACAGUCCUGACCGGGAACUCUCGAAUGAAAGUGAGGCCUAUUGGUCCCUUGGUAGAAUCUCUCCGGGAAAACGGGGUGGAAAUCAAAUACUUGGAGAAGGAAAAAAGCUUGCCGAUCGAUAUCGCUGCGUCAGGAGGCUUCGUCGGUGGGACCAUUGAGUUGGCUGCAACUGUAUCCUCCCAAUAUGUCUCAUCACUCUUGAUGUGUGCGCCAUAUGCGAAGAAUCCCGUUACCUUGCGCCUUGUCGGUGGUAAACCGAUAUCGCAGCCCUACAUCGACAUGACUACAGCAAUGAUGGCAGCUUUUGGCGUAACAGUCACAAGAUCGGAUACCGAGGAACACACGUACCAUAUCCCACAAGGUGUUUACCAAAAUCCGGCAGAGUACACUAUUGAGAGCGAUGCUAGUUCGGCCACCUACCCGCUGGCAAUUGCAGCCAUAUCGGGUACAACUUGCACCAUCCCUAAUAUUGGAUCGAGCUCUUUGCAGGGCGACUCUCGAUUUGCGGUUGAUGUUUUGCGCCCAAUGGGUUGCGAAGUUAAGCAAACCGCAACAUCAACUACUGUCACUGGCCCUUCCCCUGGCGGGCUGAAGGGAUUGGAAGAUAUCGACAUGGAACCAAUGACAGAUGCAUUCCUAACAGCCUCUGUUCUUGCUGCCGUGUCAAAGGGAACAACAAAGAUUCGAGGAAUUGCCAAUCAACGAGUCAAAGAGUGCAACCGCAUCAAGGCUAUGAAGGACGAGCUUAAGAAGUUCGGGGUAGAGUGCCGCGAGACUGACGACGGCAUUGAAGUUGACGGGAAGCCUAUAGGGACGUUGUCGAAUCCUGAACAGGGCGUCUUCUGCUACGAUGACCAUCGCGUGGCCAUGAGCUUCAGUGUUUUAGCCACGGCUGUUCCGGAACCGACUCUAAUCCUCGAAAGAGAAUGCACAGCAAAAACUUGGCCAGGAUGGUGGGAUGUUAUGUCCUUAUUCUUCAAAGUGCAACUGUCAGGUCAGGAAGUUGACGAAGGUCGUUUGCACCAAGAAACCAAGCCCGUGUCUUCAGAUCGGUCUAUCUUUAUCGUUGGCAUGAGGGGUGCAGGCAAGACCACUGCAGGUGGCUGGGCUUCUGCUCAACUAGGUCGGCCUCUCCUGGACCUCGAUCAGCUCCUGGAACAAACGAUCGGAAUGACAAUACCGGAACUAAUCAAGUCUCGAGGCUGGGAAGCAUUCCGUGAUGAAGAAUUGGCGCUUUUGAAGCGUGUCAUGGUGGAGAAGCCCAACGGAUACGUAUUCGCAUGCGGUGGUGGAGUGGUAGAGAUUCCGGAAGCUCGCGACCUUCUCAUAAAUUACCACAAAAGUGGUGGAAUUGUUCUUUUAGUCCAUCGCGAUACUGAGAACGUCAUGAGUUACCUUAAAAUCGACAAAUCUCGCCCAGCUUACGUCGAAGACAUGAUGGGCGUCUAUGUUCGCCGAAAGCCUUGGUUCCAAGCAUGUUCCAACUUUCAGUACCAUAGCCAGACCACCGAGAAUAGCGGUCUCACUCUCGCAAGAGACAACUUUUUACGCUUCCUGUCCAUAACAACAGGCGAAAGCUCUCACUUUGGCGAGAUUAAGGCUAAGAAGCACUCCUUCUUUGUGUCCCUAACUAUGCCAGAUGCGGCGAAGAUGCUUGACGUGCUGCCAGAGGUUGUUGUUGGAUCCGAUGCAGUGGAACUUCGAGUUGAUUUACUUGUUGAUCCGGCUUCUGAGGAUGGGAUCCCAACGCUUGACUUCGUCUAUGAGCAAGUAUCUCUACUGAGAUCGGCCAUUUCACUGCCUCUGAUCUUUACCAUUCGAACCGUUGGACAAGGGGGUCGCUUCCCGAACGAUGCACACUCCCAAGCUUUGGCACUCUACAAAGCUGCCAUCCGAAUGGCAAUUGAGUAUAUCGACGUGGAAAUACAGUUCCCAACGGAACUACUUCACACGGUCUGCUCUAACAAGGGGCUAUCCAAGAUCAUUGCUUCGCACCAUGAUCCUUCCGGUACCUUGUCGUGGAAGAAUGCAGGCUGGGCUCAGUACUACAACAGAGCUCUUGAGUACGGAGACAUUAUCAAGCUUGUUGGCGUGGCUAAGUCCAUGGAUGAUAAUUUUGCGCUAGCAAAAUUCAAGAACGACAUGUCCCAUGAGACGCCGCUCAUCGCAAUCAACAUGGGUGCCAAGGGAAAACUAAGCCGUGUCCUGAAUGGCUUCAUGACUCCAGUUUCGCAUCCUGCACUUCCCUUCAAGGCUGCGCCUGGUCAGUUGUCCGCAACGGAGAUCCGCAGUGGUCUGUCUCUGCUUGGAGAGCUGGAACCGCAAAACUACUAUCUCUUUGGCAAACCAAUCUCGGCUUCUCGCUCCCCUGCCCUGCACAACAAGUUGUUCAAGAAGAAUGGACUGUCAGAUGUCUACGGCUUGUUCGAGACAGACGUUGCUCAGGACAUUGAGCAGGUACUUAAAUCGGAGUCAUUUGGCGGAGCAAGCGUAACAAUCCCGUUAAAGCUAGACGUCAUUCCACUCCUAGACAACCUUUCUGAGGCAGCCAAGACCAUUGGGGCAGUCAACACGAUCGCCAAGGUACGUUCGUCGACAAACUCAACCACUCUCUUUGGCGACAACACGGACUGGAUCGGGAUCCAGAAGACGCUGGCGGCCGCAGGGGCUCAACCCGGCUCCGGUUUGGUCAUUGGAUCUGGAGGUACUGCAAGAGCCGCUAUCUUCGCAUUGCAGUCCACAGGCUACAGCCCAGUCUAUAUUGUCGCACGAUCCGCAUCCAAGGUCGAUGAGCUCGUCUCGUCCUUCCCUGGGCUCGUCCACAUCCGCAACGCUGAGGAGGCGCAGUCUCUUGAGAGUCUGCCAAGCGUCGCUGUUGGAACUAUUCCGUCAUCUAAGCCUAUCGAUGCCGGGAUCAGGGAGAUUCUAGUCUCCAUCUUCCACCAUAAGGAGGCUGGUGAUGCUCAGCGUGUUCUCCUCGAGAUGGCUUACACUGCCUCGAGCACAACGGCGCUGAUGAACAUGGCAACUGAUGCUGGUUGGAAGGCUGUUGAGGGAGCUGAGGCCCUGAUCUGGCAGGGUAUCGAGCAGUUCCGUAUUUGGACUGGUAUUUCGCCCGAGUAUAAGGAUGCUCGUGCGGCUGUCAUUGGAGAGUAAUGCGCAUUAGGGAAGGAUAUUGGGAUAAAAAAAAUUGUUUACGGUGUCCAGAAGGGACUUGGUUGUUGGUAGAGAUUAUUCUAGAUUCAUUUAUAGCUAUCUGACCUUACUUCAGCUCAUUUCGGUAAAUUUGGAAGACUUAUACACAGUAGUCAGUGCACAACUUCUGCGUCGUUCUUACCUUCCUUUCUUGAUCAAACCAACUCUCCCGUCCAUCAUUUGAGGAGCAAGGCACAUGUUCAGUCGUCUCUGUGUUGUUCAAUUUACACUCUGCAUCAGACAAGGUUCGGACAAGGUACUAUUUUCGUAGCUCAUCA